AUGAGACUUGUUCCAGUAACAUUUUAUAUCGGUUACUGGACAAGUCCAUUUAUUCUGUUUACUACUUUAAUUUAUUCAACAGAAAAAAGUAGACGAGAUGGGAAAUUUUACAAAUUAGCCAUAUCUUUCGCUCUGCUUAAUUUACUUGUAUGUUUAAUUGGGAUUAUGCUUUCGUUAUUUACAAUAAACUGGAUUAUUGACAUUAUAGAUGCACAGGUUUAUUAUGAAUAUCGGGUAGAAAUUAUUGUUCAAACCGCAUUUCUUGUUUUGGCUAGUGGAAUAUGUUUAUUAGAUGUUUUUUCACUGACCUGUUUAAAUGGUCCGAUUGCAGCUCAAAACAAUUUGAGAAUUCACCAGAAAAAUGAACAGCAACCAUCAACUCAAAAUAAUAAUGUCACAUAUUCUUAUCCUCAAGAACAACAAGGUUAUGUUCAAAAUUACAAUCAACUUGACAACUUUCCACCACCUUAUAGUUAA